AUAAUGGAGUCGCAAGAAUCUCUUCGAAGAAUUUUAGACCCUCGGGGAUCCCACGAAGUAAUCAUAGAGCAAGUAGAGGAAGAAAAACAACUUUCACAGAAGCAAAAUUUGAGGUAUAAGUAUCUUCAAAUGGAUGAUUCAAAAAGUCUGAUGAAAAUUCACAGGUCUAAUCUCAGAAGCAGAAGGAAGAGUCUAAAUGAUGCUUACUGCACCCCACUGAUGAGAUCCGAUUCUUACUUAGAUAUUAGAAUUAAUGAGAUGGGUAACUCUCCCAAGAAUUUUGAUACCUAUAUCCAUUCUCAAAGAGAGCGGAGAGAAAUUGGUCGUGAGGCAAGGAACCAGAAUAAUAUGCUACCAACCCAUGCUAACUCAGAAGGCGAUCUGAAGAACAUGAGGAAUAGGAAUUAUAUGAAUGACUUCAGACUUCUCUCAAGCCGUAGGAAAGAAGAGAGGAAAAGCAACAGCGAUACUCAUUCUCCCUUCGGAAGUUUUAAUGACCAAGUGGCUUCUUGUAAUCCUAUUGAUGACUACGGCCGCAACUGGACCAGUGCAACCCUUGGACCUAACUGUGAGACUGAUUUUUGGGAAGUCCAAGACAAUAAGAGCAAUAGUGGGAGCAAUAAAGAUGAACAAGAAUCUGCUGAAAGUGAGAAAAUCAAGAUUAAAGCAGAAGAGAAUAAAGUUCAAAAAUCAAUAUCUGAUCUUCCUAAAAAUAAUAUCAGACUUACUUAUCUCUCAGCGAGUAGUCUUAGCGAUGACAGAUGGGUCUGUCCUAUCUGACUGGACAUUUUUGACGAUGCUGUUGAGACUCCAUGAUGUCAUAAUUUGUUCUGUGAAAAAUGUAUUGUCAUGGCUCAUCUGGCGAAUGACUUACAAAACAAAAUAGAUUGUCCAUUAUGUAAUAAGAGGUAUGACCGCAACGAACUUAUUCCAAACAUUCCAAUCAGAAGGUUGGUAAAUGAACUUAGCAUAAAGUGCAUCAAUAUUGAAUGCCAUCAAGUGUUCAAGAAGGGAGAUCUUCAAAAGCAUUUGAAAAUCUGCAAAUAUCAGCUGGUUUCUUGCCCAAAUAGCUCAGAAUGAGAGCUCAUUAUCCGUAAGAAUUUACGAACUCAUGAAAUCGAGCAAUGCCCUUUUAGAAUAGUGCCAUGUAGACUUCGUUGUGGAGUCCUACUCCCUCUCAAUACAAUGGAAGAUCAUAUAAAAUCUGAUUGUAUGAAAGAGACUAUAAAAUGAAAGAACUCAUGUGGAAAGCUUCUCCAAAGAUGUUUGUUAGAGAAGCAUUUGAGGAAGACUUGCCCACUUGAAAUCAUUAAAUGUCCUAACGCUGGUAACAACAUGUUUGAAGAAGGCUGCAGUCUUGAGUUUAGACGCUGCGAUAUGCAAAAACAUGAAGCUGAAUGAGAAUACCGCAAAAUUUUAUGUGAAAAUGGCACUUGUGGAAGUUGGAUUUUAUUCAAAGAUUUGGAAAAACAUGAUGAGCAAUGUCCAUUCAAGGUAAUUAAUUGCAAAAAUAAGUGUGGAGCAGUGCUUGAACGCCAGGAUCUCUUAUCUCAUUAUCGUAUCUGUGAGCUUGAACCAAUAGAAUGUACAUAUUAUCAAUUUGGCUGUACAGAAACUUUGAUAAGAAAGAAAUAUAAGAAACAUCUAGAAGAAAAAGCUUAUGAACACUCACUUAUGUUUGUUGAAGGACAGAAGCGUAUCAAUAUGGAAAAUGAAGGCUUAAAGAGAGAGCUUCUAAGCCUCAGUAAAGACUAUGAUGUUGAAAUUAAAGCAAUGUUUCUCGAACUCAAUCGUGUUAAGGAAGAGCUGUCUCAUCUAAAACAGUCAGCAGGAAUGGGUAUUGAUAAUGUCCAAAACUCUAGUGCUGGAUAUCAUGACAAUCCUUUGAACUCUAACAGACCAAACACUACUUUUGAAAAGAAGAUACCAAAUUCUAGAUAUCAUGGUAACAAGAAUGAGUAUAGCGACUGACUUCCAGGAGAAAGCAAUGGUUCUUCUCUUGAAAACAGCCUAUUUGAGUAUUCUUCACGCAGUAGAAUUUAUGGAGAUUAA